CUAAAUCCAUUAGGUAUUGGUGAGUGGGUGAGUGGGAGGUAGUCUUACACGGACGACCAGGCGAAGAAAUCGAACAAUUAUUUCUCCGAUCUCGUGAAACUCUUCCUCUGAGAAAAGUUUGCAUAAUCAAUUGAAAUUUCCAUACCUCGGAAAAGCAAUUUCCAAUCUUUUCAACUGGAUCUUCUUCUAACCCUCCUUUUAUCCCAUCUCUUUGAUCGAACCUUUUAAAUUAUAUAAAUUUCAAAAUAUUGUGAGCGUCGGAAUUUUGCUUUAAGAAUACGAAUCUGGACAAAUAGAAAUUGAUGUCUGUGCCUGAUAACGAGAUCUUCAACGCGAUUGGCACUGGUGGUGGGGUCCAAUCCAGGGAUGCCGAAGACGACGACGACGACGACGACGACGACGAUAGCGGAAAGAAGCAGAGAGGUGAUAGACAUGGUGUUGGUCGUGGUGACGGUGGAUGUACAAGAUAUUUCACAAAGGCAAAGCUGGUGGUUCUACGGCCAUUCACAAAAGCCAAGAAGCAACUCCUCAGAAAAAUGAAUAAAAGAACUUCCUCCUCUUCUCGUUCUGCGGCGGAAAAUGCCGGGACUUCAGAUGUUUCAGUCAUGUUCCUUGUUAGCCUCAAUGGUAUGGACUACAAGCUGAGGAUUCCUGCUGCACAAAGUUGUGAGAACGGAGCCUGAGUCCAUCCAAUGUUAUUGUGGUAUAUCAAUUCGGACCCUUCUUUCGUUGCGCUACACGUCAUUUGGCAUCCCGCAUUACCUCCCAUUGUUCAAUGAAGAAAUUCCAUCUUCUGUUAUACUUGGCAGUCAGUUGUUACCUUCCAUACUAAGUAUAGUUGCAGGUAGCAGAUAUUUUUUACAAUCUAUAUGUUUCCUAGAGGAAGAAUAGAUUGAUCCAUUUCGGGAGUGGAAGGGGUUGUUGCCUGUUGGAACCUUUCAUUGUUUCAAGUUAUAUAGCCUUUUUGUUUAAUUAA